CGUCACUUAAGCUGCGGUCUCUACACGACAGGCAGCAUUGUUUCUUCUGUCCACCACGGUGCACGAACUCCAAAAUCCUUAUUCUUGCAGAUACAACUUUGCAAUAUCUACGAGCCAAAGGAUCAUACCAAUCCGAGGGGCGAACGCCUCGGCUGCCUGUCAUCUAAUGGGUAUAAUUCUCUGUCCUGGAUAUUAAUCUCAAUAACUCCUUUUGAAUGCUUGCGGAAGUGAAUUUUGAUACCACAAUUCGCUUACAAUGGCGUUUGCGGGUGCUGCGAGCCAUGGUUUCGGCAAAGAGCCAUUGAAUGUCGCAGGUAUAGUCAAAGAGGCCGGGAACUUUGAGUACGAUCCCGGAAUACCUCUGCGACACUGGUUUCGUGCUGCGAAUGCUAUACAGAAACAGGCUCAAUCAUAUGAACGCGAUGGUCACGAACAGGAUGCGUAUCUCUUUUACAUGCGCCAUGCCUUAUUGGCUACAGAGAAGCUUCCAAAACAUCCCGAUUAUAAACUUCCAGAAGCUACCGCUGCAAGAAAGAAAAUACAAAGUGAUCUGAUGCAUGGAUUGAAGAGCAUGGAGUUGCUUAAGCCAAAGAUUAAUGAUCGGUAUGAGCGAUAUUUGGAUGCUGCAGCAAGGAAGAGAGCGGACAGAGAGAAUUGGCAACGUGAAAACACUAGAAAUGCUGCACAGGCUUCAAUAUUCACAGAUACAGGAAGUCCCCCCAUUUCAGACUCUGAAAUUGGAAGAAAGCAAAGGAGGCUAGAGUUACACCCUGGGAAUGAUGAGAACCGAGCUUUGGCUUUGUCUCUAGCGAAUAUGGAAUUAAGAAGACGGAGAGACGGGAGACAAAGUUCUCAAAUGGAAGAAGAACCUAAAAGUCCUAUGAUUGAGCUAGCUGAUGAUUUUGAUGGCGAUAAUCUGUCUCAACACAUCUUUGCCACUGCAAAACGAAGAGAACAGUCCUACCAAGCGCCUAUCUCUCACGAUGGUGAUGAUUUUCGAGACGACGGGCUGCACCCGAAAUACAAAUAUCCAACUAUACCUAUCAAGAAGGCAUAUGAUCCGGAAUUAGAGUCAUUUCCUUUCCACACUCCGAUCCAACAGUCUUCAGCUCCACCGAGACCACCAAAAGAGCAUCUCGCGGAGCCUGCUCCUCGACCACCACCCAAAGAGCAAAUUCUGCCGAAAUUUUCUGCACACCUGUCCUCGCUGCCAAUUCCCUCGAAGAUCAUGUACGAUUCUAACCUCUCGCCUCUGGAGAUACGCGAAUCUACUUCAACUCCUGGUCUCAACACUAAGGAUUAUUCAUUUGUUGCCACGGCAAAGACAGAGUCAGGGAAACCUCUCCGCACGGUGUUUAUCAAUCCAGGUCUGCGUACAGAGUUCCUCAAAAUUGCGAACUUCAAUACCCAACGUAAUCUGGAAACUUGCGGCAUCCUUUGCGGAACGCUUAUAUCUAAUGCAUUUUUCAUCUCUAAACUUGUGAUACCGGAACAAGAGUCAACAAGUGACACCUGCGACACGGUCAACGAAUCCGCACUUUUCGAUUAUGUAGAUGAAAAUGAUCUGAUGACGCUAGGAUGGAUACACACUCACCCUACACAAACCUGUUUUAUGUCCAGCCGGGAUUUGCAUACCCAUGGCGGCUACCAGGUCCAAAUGGCGGAGAGCAUCGCGAUUGUAUGUGCUCCAAAGCAUGAACCAAAUUAUGGAGUGUUCAGAUUGACGGAUCCACCGGGCUUGAAGACGAUUCUAACUUGCACACAAAGUGGGCUCUUUCAUCCCCAUCCCGAUGGCCAAAUCUACACAGAUGCGAUGAAGCCAGGACAUGUGCAAGAGUUGUCUGGAUUGAGCUUCGAGGUUGUGGACUUAAGACCGAAGAAUUAGGACAUGCAAAGGAAAUAUCGGUAACAUUCACGAGGCGAAAACUUGAUUCAUAGCGUCAUUAUGAAGAAUGUUGGAAGAGUCGAUACUUGAAUCGAGAUGUUUCCCUUCAGAGAAUAUAUCAAUGCUUUUUACGCUCUUAAAGACCGUAGAUGUGUUGUCUACAUUGUCUCGCACGUGAAGUCAACUU